UUCAUAUUCCCACAUUAUGCUAACAAAAGUAUAGCUUUCAGUUUUUAUUCUACCGAAAGUUAACUAUACUACCACCAGUGAAUGUUGGUAAAUGGAUGUUGUAAAGCUUGACCGAAGAUUAAAACUCUAAGAGUGAGACACACACGCCGUAACCGUGAGGCUUAUUUGGGUUGUGAGGUAGGAGAGAGGUGCUACACAGCAUGAUAUGACACCCCUUCAUAGUAUAAAGAAGCAUCAUCAGCUCGUUGCAUCAUGCAUCAUCCCACUACACUAUUAUUGUUUACGUGAUGAAAGCCAUGAGAGUUGGGUUAGCUAUGGCACUGCUCAUGACCAUAACGGUUCUUACCAUAGUCACUGCACAGCUCGAGGACCAGCAACCACCUCCACCGAUGUUACCCGAGGAAGAAGUGGGAGGAUGCAGCAGAACAUUCUUCUCAGCACUGGUUCAGCUGAUACCGUGUAGAGCAGCAGUGGCUCCUUUCAGCCCAAUCCCACCGACCCAGUCAUGUUGCUCUGCAGUUGUCACACUUGGUCGCCCUUGCCUUUGCCUCCUCGCCAAUGGACCUCCACUAUCAGGCAUUGACCGCUCCAUGGCUCUUCAGCUUCCUCAGAGAUGCUCUGCAAAUUUCCCUCCUUGCGAUAUCAUUAACUAGAAGUCUAGCACCAACCUAUCAUCUUUUCUUUCUUUUUUUCUCAUUUAUCUUUCACUCUAAUAAAUACGCUGUUGAGAGUA